UGUAAGGUUUGAAAAAUAAUCAAACUAAUAAUAAAAUAAUAAUCAAUCCACUGUCAAGCAGAGCUGAGACUGUGAGGUCUUUAGUGCUCUCUGAGCUUAGUGGUUUUCUCGCAGACGUUUCAUGACCCAGCUAGGCAACACCAUCAGUGCUGGGAUGGAGUGAUAUGAUAGGCUUGCAGAUCUGAUACAUGAUAUAUGCAGAAUAUCCUUCCCUUUUGUGUUUUUGACAUCCUGGGGAAUAGUUUCCUUGUGUUGGUGCAAGGUGGAAUCUUGAGCUGUUUUGUUAAUCAUUACAGAAUAUCACACCUAUCCAGUAAAAUACUAAAUCUUAUCUCCUUUUGGGGUUUCGUUGGCUGGGAUCCGGACAGACUCUGUUCUACGUGACCUUUGUUGAUGAGCCUGGCAUCCUGAUGAUUGACAAGUUGUCCGAGACCAGUUUGCAGAACAUCAAGGGCAGGAUGAUUGACAAGUCCCAAGGCGAUUUCAUGCCGUCUUCCCAACUUCCAUAUCGGGAUCGGACCACGUCCCCGCAAAACCCAGAAGAGCUGCAGCUCCUCCAGAACCGAAGGGAGGGUCCUUGCUUCCGCGAACGUCCUUCUUGGUGCUGCUGUGGGAAGUGCCGUCCGGCAGACCCUUUCUGCGAACGUCUCUGCUGCCGAAAAACCGACGGAGCCUGCAUCGCCGAUUCACCUUUCUUUCAGCAGCUCGUCCUCUCCCGAUCCGUGCUGGAGUUUGUUCUGCUCUACAAAGAUCCCUUCUUGGAUUUGCAAGGUUCCGGGGCCGCCAACAAGCCCUUCCGGCACUGCGCUUACGAGCGGUAUAUUCACUGGCGCUUUGGCGAGGGCGACCUGAGCUCCCGGGCUGUGAUCCCCAAUUGCUGCAGGUGGAGAAUCAGAGAUGCCUUUCCGAGCGAGAAUGGGGAGUACAGCGGUUUUGGGAAGAGGAAGUAACCGUCGGUUGCACCUCUGCGUCACAGCCUUAAGGGUGGAUACCCCGCAGGCACCAAUUCAUUCUUUUUUCUCCUUCUGCUUUUCGGAAUCUUGCCAUUUGUGGUUCUGCCCUCAUCUUGGCUCUUGAACUAGAGGAUGUUAAGACCACUGCAGAAGUCACCAACCUUUCGGAGCUCAGGAAUUGGAAUUUAUUGCAUUUAUAUGCCGCCCUU